CCUGCAGCCGCCGCCGGCGCAGGGGAGGGAGGCCGGGCCGGGCGGCAGGACAUUGUUGGUGGCGGUAACCAGGCAGCCGGAGCGGAGGCUGCUCAGGCAUUUUGAGAGAAGGACAGUGCUGUAGCACACUUUUAUAUGCUUGCUUUCACUGGGUAAAAGCUGUGACUCACUCCUAGCCAUGCUGUGCUAGAGCCAAGUGAUGCUUUUUAAAAGGAAGUAGUUCAAAUUCUUCAUCUUGUGGUCUGCAGCUUUGUUGGAGAUUCUGUCAGUGAAAGAAUACUUGCAUCAAAGAGACCAUGGCCACCUCAAGGCUAAUGUCAAGAUCUCCAAGAGAUAUUGCCAAUGUCAUGCAGAGGCUUCAAGAUGAGCAAGAAGCAGUGCAAAAGAGGACUUUCACUAAAUGGAUCAACACUCAUUUGGCCAAGCGCAACCCCCCCAUUAUGGUCAAUGAUCUGUUUGAAGACAUCAAAGAUGGGGUAAUGCUGCUUGCUCUUUUGGAAGUUCUUUCCGGGCAGAAACUGCCUUGUGAGCAGGGACGUCAGCUAAAGAGAAUUCAUUGGGUGGCUAACAUUGGCACAGCCCUUAAAUUUUUGGAAGGCAGGCGGAUUAAGCUUGUCAACAUCAACUCAACUGAUAUUGCUGAUGGUAGGCCUUCUAUUGUGCUGGGCUUGAUGUGGACCAUCAUUUUAUAUUUUCAGAUUGAAGAGCUCACAAGCAACCUUCCACAGCUGCAGUCACUGUCUAGCAGUGCCUCUUCUGUGGAUAGUGUUGUCAGUUCCGAAACUGCAAGCCCACCAACUAAGCGGAAGGUGGUAACCAAAGUCAAAGGAAGUGCUAAGAAGGCUUUGCUAAAAUGGGUGCAGUACACAGCAGCAAAGCAGGCAGGAAUCGAAGUAAAAGAUUUUGGACAAAGUUGGAAAAGUGGUGUUGCUUUUCACUCAGUUAUUCAUGCAAUUCGUCCAGAACUAGUGGACAUGGAAAAAGUUAAAGGGAGAUCCAAUAGGGAAAACCUAGAAGAGGCCUUCACAAUUGCAGAAACAGAACUGGGAAUCCCAAGACUCCUUGAUCCAGAAGAUGUGGAUGUUGACAAGCCGGAUGAAAAGUCCAUCAUGACCUAUGUAGCACAGUUCCUAAAACUGUAUCCAGAUCUUCAUCACACAGUGACUGAUGUACAGGAGAAUGAUAAGGAAGACAGACUGAUGCUGAGAGACCUGAAAGUUUGGGUAGAGCAGUUUGAAAGAGACCUGACGAGGGCCCAGAUGACAGAAGCAAGCUUACAGGAGAAGUACCAGUCAUUUAAGCACUUCAGAGUUCAGUAUGAAGUAAAGAGAAAACAGGUUGAACUUGGAAUUCAGUCUUUACGGAAAGAUGGUAAAUUGUCGCUUGAUCAAGCUAUUGUGAAACAAGCUUGGGAUAGAGUUUCUGCUAGGCUACUUGAUUGGCAUAUACUCCUUGAUAAAUCUCUCCCUGCACCUUUGGGUACUAUAGGUGCCUGGCUAUAUAGAGCGGAUUCUGCACUUAGGGAAGAAGUAAUCAUUCAACAGGCUCAUGAGGAAACAGCAAAUGCAAUACAUCGGAAGCUUGAACAUCACAAGGAUCUAUUGAAAAAUGUAGAUGGUCACAAAAAGACCUUCCAAGAGAUCCACCGGGCUAGGUCUGUUAAUGGAGUGCCUGUUCCACCUGAGCAGCUAGAGGAUAUGGCAGAAAGGUUUAAUUUUGUUACCUCUUCAUCUGAGCUCCAUCUGUUGAAAAUGGAAUUCCUGGAACUGAAGUACCGGCUGCUGUCACUCCUAGUUCUUGCAGAAUCAAAGUUAAAAUCAUGGAUUAUCAAAUAUGGGAGGAGAGAGUCAGUUGAGCUACUUCUACAAAAUUAUAUUUCUGUUAUUGAAAACAGUAGAUUCUUUGAGCAGUAUGAAGUUACAUACAAGAUCUUGAAAAAGGCAGCUGAAAUGUACGCCAAAGCUAAUGGCUCAGUGGAAGAAGUAGAAAAUGUAAUGAAAUUCAUGAAUGAAACAACAGCACAGUGGAGGAACCUGUCAGUAGAGGUGAGAAGUGUAAGGAGCAUGUUAGAAGAAGUGAUUGCUAACUGGGACAGAUACAGCAGCACUGUGGCCAGUCUACAAGCCUGGCUGGAGGAUGCUGAAAAAAUGCUGAAUCAGCCUGAAUUAGCCAAAAAGGACUUCUUCCGACAUUUACCUCAUUGGAUCCAGCAGCACACAGCCAUGAAUGAUGCUGGUAACUUUCUUAUUGAAACCUGUGAUGAAACUAUUUCCAGAGAUCUUAAACAGCAGUUACUACUGCUAAAUGGAAGAUGGAGAGAGCUGUUCAUGCAGGUUAAGCAGUAUGCUCGGGCAGAUGAAUUGGACAAAAUGAGGAGAGAAUAUCUGGAUGGAGUCGCCACUUUGUCAGCUUUUCUUGAUGGAGCCAAUGGAAAAUUUUCUGUGCCUAUAGAAGUCUCCUUUCUAAAUGUCAAGAUGUUUGUCCAAGAUCUGGAAGGUAUUAAACAGAAGAUGCCUGUCAUGGAAGCACAGUACAAGAUGAUUACAAAGACAGCACAGCUUGUUACAAAAGAAAUUCCCCAAGAAGAAGUCAAUGAAAUGUUUGCAACUAUGAAAGGAAUCAAAGAGCAGCUAGGCAGGGUUAAGGAAUAUUGCCCUGCCAUGCUCUAUGAAUCUCAGCAGCUGCUCUCUCCACUAGAAGAACUAGAGAAGCAUAUUACCUAUUUUUAUGAGUCUCUUGAGAAAGUCAAUGAAAUAAUUUCAGUCCCAGAUCCUGAAGUGCCACCUGUGGCUGUCUUUAAACAAAAACUCCAGGAUCUGGUAGCAUAUCAAGAAAACUGUAAGAAAGCUUUGUCCCUGAUUGAAAGGAACAGUCAAAGUGUUCUGAAGUUUGUGACAUCAAGUAAAGUAUUGCACCAUUUUGAUCGGUCAGUACUUCAGAAGAUGGUUACAGAAAUACAGUUCACUUUCCAGAAUAUGGUCAAGAAAUCUGGUGAUUGGAGAAAAAAUAUGGAAGCAAAUAGCCGUUUGAUGAAGAAAUUUGAGGAGUCAAGGGCAGAAUUAGAAAAAGUGCUACAGAUUGCUAAUAGUUGCCUAAAAGAAAAAGGAAAUCCUGAAGAACUUCUCAGGAAGCAUACUGAAUUCUUCAGCCAGUUGGACCAGAGAGUGCUAAAUGCCUUCCUGAAAGCUUGUGAUGAACUUACUGACAUCCUUCCUGAACAAGAACAACAGAGUCUUCAGGAAGCUGUUAGGAAACUCCAUAAACAGUGGAAGGAUCUCCAGGCAGAAGCUCCAUAUCACUUGAUCCAUCUGAAGAUUGAAGUGGAGAAGAGGAAGCUUCAAGCCACAGUGGAAGAGUGUAGAAUUGAACUUGCUCGACAGGAUAAGCAGUUAGCCAGUGAAGGCAGUGAAAAGAUUAUUAAAGAGCACAGGUGUUUCUUCAGUGAUAAGGGACCCUACCAGUUGUGUGAGAAGAGACUACACCUGAUUGAAGAAUUGUGCCUGAAACUCCCGGAAUCGGAUACUCUUAGGGCUACACUGGGAAGCAGCCAAAAAACCCUCAAGGAACUUAAAUCUCAGAUUGAUAGUACCUAUAUGAAAAUAACAGAGGACCCUGACAAAUGGAAGGACUACAAGACUAGAUUUUCUGAAUUAACCACUUGGAUUUCCUCAAUGGAGAAAGAGCUAAAGAAGAUUAAACAUGGUAUCGAUGAUACUGCCAAAUAUAAACAAUUUAAAACAGCAGUGGAGGGAAUCAGGCAAGAUAUCAGCAAACAAGGAGAAAAUCAGACCUGGCUAAAAUAUAGAUUUGCUAUUCUGGCUGAGAUUUCACCUGUGACAGAAGUCAGGAAGCAAGAGGAUGAGCUAUCUAAACUUUCCAGUCAUUUUAAGGAGCUCUUAGCUUUGCUGGCUGAGAUUGAAAAGAUAUUGAGUACUGUUGGGGAUUGUGUCCAAUAUAAAGAAGAUGUUACAAGUGCCCUUGAAGAUUUAAUUACCAACUCAAAGGAAGCUCAAGCAGAGGCUGAAAAAAUCUUAGAUACAGAAAGCUUAUUACAAGCUCAACAACUGCUUCUGCAUCAUCAGCAAAGGACAAAGAGGCUCCGUGCAAAGAGGCAAGAUGUGCGAGAACAGAUUUCCCAUGCUAAGCAGUUGCAGCUUGAAGGUGGAUUGCCUAACACAGUGCAGGAAGAUUUACAAAAGUUGGCAGGCACAUUGGAAAACAUGCAGCAAACCAUGGAGAAACGAGAAGAAGAGUUACAGGUCACAGUAAACAAAUGGGAGCAGUUUGAAAAAGACAAAGAGACAGUGAUCAAAUAUCUUAAUCAAGCAAGUUCUGCCCUUGAACGCAUCUUAAACUUCAGCAGUUUAGAAAGCCUUUCAUCAGAACUGGAACAUACAAAGGAACUUUCUAAACAGACUUUAGCCAUGGCAGAACAAGCUGAAAAUCUUGUGAAGAACUCCUCUGAGAUACAGCUUGGAUCAAAGAAAAAGCAGUCCCUUCAGGAGCAGGCAAAGGCAAUCCAGGAGCAAGUGAAAAAAGUGGAAGUUACCCUUGAAGAAGAUAUUAAAACCAUGGAAAUGGUGAAAAACAAGUGGGAUCAUUUUGGCAAUAAUUUUGAAGCUCUGUCUAUAUGGAUAACUGAAAAAGAAAAAGAACUGGAUACCUUGGAAACAUCAUCAUCUCCUUUGGACAUGCAAAUCGGCCAAAUCAAGGUUAUUAGUAAAGAAAUAGAUGGUAAAAUAAACGGGAUCCCAAGUCUAGAAGAGGAAGCUGAGUCCUUUUCUCAGUAUGUUACCUCUGGAGAAUCUGCACAUAUUAAGACCAAGCUAACACAGAUCAAAAGGUACUGGGAAGAGCUAAGGGAUCAUGCACAGCGUCUGGAAGGGAUAAUCACAGAGAAUACAUCACAGCAGCAGAAGUAUGAAGAAAGUCUCAAGCAGGUGCAGCAAACUAUGUCUGAAUUUGAAGCCAAAGUGGCUGAGCCUGUUACUUCAUGUUCUUCAUCAGCAGAGACGUACAAAGCUCUUCAAGAUCACAUGGAUCUCUGUCAGGCAGUGAGGAAAAUGAAUAGCACUCUGACUUCUCUCUCAGCUUGUGCCCGUAAGAUCCCCAGGAAAGAUAAGGCUAAUCAAGAAGUUGUGACAUUGCAGCAGAAAUAUGAAAAUAUGCUUAGUAGCUCUAAAGAGAAGCAAGCCAUACUGGAGAUUCUGCUAGCACAGUGGCAGAAGCAGGAGAAGGAGCGUUCUGUCUUUCUGACCUGGUUAGAGCGAUAUGAAGCUGCAGCCAAGCUUCCAGGACAGUCCGUUUCUGCUGACAGAGUGAAACUGGAAGGUGAACUACAGGCAGUGCAGGAUUUGCAAACUGAUAUUGCAUCUCAUACCUCACUAUAUACCAGCCUAUUACAAUUAAAUGAGGCACUGUUUACAACAGCUUCCACAGAAAGUGUGAAAAUAAUGGAAGGUGACUUUGAAGAGCUGGACAGGAGGUGGAAAGCUUUACCACAAACUGUUAACAAGAGGAUCAGCUUCCUUCAGUCUCUUGUUGCUGAACACAAGCAGUUUGAUGAGCUGCUGCUUAGUUUUUCAGACUGGAUUAAGCAGUUCCUUGCUGAAUUGCAAGCCACUUCGGAGAUAAACACUGCUGAUCAACAGCUAGCUGCAUCCCAUAAUAAGGACCACUUAAUGAAAGUGGAAAAAAAGAAACAGGAACUACAAACAUUGAAGGAACACAUAAAAAAGCUAUGUUCUUUUAGUCACCCAGAGGAUCACCAGAUAUUACAAGGGAAGGCUGAAGACUGUUUCCAGCUCUUUCAGGAGGCUGGCCAGAUAACCAGCCAAAGACAAGAAGCUCUGAACCAGCUUGCAGCGUUCCAAGAGCUACAUGCUGCUGCCUCAAGUAUCCUCCAUCGCUUGAGGCAGACAGUAGAGACAACAGGAAACAUGGAUAAGACUAAAUCUGAACUUCUGGAGAAAGAACUGAGUGAUGUCAUUCAAGAUAUUAACAAAUUAGAAUCUUCUGCAAUCAGUUUGGAUGGAAGCCUUACUAAAGCCCAGUAUCAUCUCAGACAUGGAAGUUCUGAGCAGAGGACCUCCUGCAGAGCUAUGGUUGAUCAUCUGUGCUUAGAACUGGAGUCAGUUCAAAACCUGCUGGGUACCAAACAGAGUGAAGCAGAAGCUUUUGGAGCCUUGCAGAGAUCUUUCAUGGAACGUAAAGAACAGUUAUUAAAGAGCAUCGAAGAUGUUGAAGAACAGGCUGAUAAGGAAGGCUUGAAGGAGCCAACACUUCAGGCCCUUCAACAAAGAUUAAGGGUCUUUAACCAAUUAGAGGAUGAGCUCAGUUCUCACCAACAUGAACUGCAGUGGCUGAUGGAUAAAGCAAAACAAGUAGCCCAGAAAGAUAUAACACUUGCUUCUGACAUUGAUAAUGAGAUAAACUGCUUGGAAGUUACGUGGGAGGAUACGAAGAAAGUAAUCCAUGAAAAACAGGAACAGUGUUCUACCCUUGUUAAACUGAUGAGGGAAUAUCAGAGCUUAAAAUCAGCUGUAACUAAAGUCAUAGAAAAUGCUGACAAUGUGACUGUGACCAAAUCUAUUUUGAAGAAUAAGGAAGAUAUCAGACGGGCUUUAUCAAAGCAUGAAACUGCCAAGAAUGAACUGAAUGACAGACAGAAAGACCUGGAUGCCUUCACUAAUAAAGGAAAGCACUUGCUGGCAGAGCUGAAAAGAAUUCAUAAUUGUGAUCCUAUGCUACUGAAAGCAGAUAUGAACAGCACUGUGGACAAAUGGCUGGAUGUGUCAGAGAGGAUUGAAGAGAAUACAGAGAGAUUGGGUGUAAGUGGGUCACUAUGGGAUGAUAUCAUCACAACUGCAGAUGAAAUUGAUGGGUGGUACAAUAAAUCUGUGUCUCAGUUUAAUGAAGGCAUCAGCAACUUGAGCAGCAGCCAGAGAAUGGAGGAUUUUCUGAAAGAAUUCCAGUCUGAAGUUAAGGACAAAGGACAGAAGUUGGAGCAGCUUACUUCUAAAAUCUCAGAACUCAGUGGAUUGACCAGUAGUCAUGAGCCUCCUGCAGAUCUUCAGUUUAUAGAAACAGAUUUAAGGCAAAAACUGGAGCAUGUGAAAGAAAUGUCUGAGACAGCAAAAGAGACCCUGAAAAAUUUCAGUGAUCAGAAGAUGCAAUUACAAAAGUUUAUUGAUCAGAUGACAGACUGGGUCACAGAAGUAGAAGAGUCCUUGUUAAACUGUGCAUAUAAGCAGGGUCCUGAGUCUCUAAAGAAAGUAAAGGACACUCAGAAAGAGCUUCAACUACAGCAAAGCAGCAUUGAUUCAACCCGAGAGAACCUCAACAGCUUAUGCCGUAAAUACCACUCAGUAGAAUUGGAGACUCUGGGUGGCACUGUCACUUCACUGAUAAAGAAGUAUGAAGCUGUAAGCCAACUAUGCUCCAGAACACAGGCUAACAUGCAGGACUUUUUGGAAAAACAUUUCCUUGAUACUAUGCAAGAAUUUCAGGACUGGUUUUCGGGUAUGAAGGUGGCAGUAAAAGACUCAUCUGAUAGGUCUGGAGACAGCAAAGCCUUAGAAAUGAAGCUACAUGAUUUGCAGAAAGUGCUGAACUCUGUUAGUGAUGGACAGAAUAAGCUGGAUGCUGCCUCCAAGGAAGGAGAAAAUUUGUGUGAUUACUUACCCAAACCAGUAGCGAGCCGUAUCCAGGAGCAGAUAGCACAGUCCAACAAGGACUUCCAGGACUUUCUGAAGCUGUGCCUGAAAGAUAAACAGGCUUUAGAAAACUGUGCUUCAGAACUGGGAAGUUUUGAGGAUCAGCACAAGAAAUUGAGCCUGUGGAUCCAUGAAAUGGAAGAAAGAAUAAACACAGAAGCUUUAGGAGAGGACAAACAGCACAUUCCUGAGAAGAAAAAUGAGGUGCAGAAAGUGGAAAUGUUUCUGGAAGAACUGCUGGUUGCAAGAGAAUCUUUUGAUAAACUUUCCCAGAGAGCACAGGCUUUAAGUGAAGGUGGACAAGGUGCUGGGCAGGAAGUACGUCUAGCUUCUCAACAAUUUACCAGCUAUCAAAACCUAGUCAAAACUGUCAAGGAAAAGUUGCGAACCUCUCAGGUUGCACUCCAGGAGCAUCAAGCCUUGGAAGAAGCACUGCAGAGCAUGUGGUCCUGGGUGAAAAGUGUCCAAGAGAGACUGGUUUCUGCAGAAAGCACCUUUGGCAGCAAAGCCAUGUUAGAGACACGACUGAAUCAAAUUCAGGAGAUCCUUUUAAUGAAAGGUGAAGGUGAAGUGAAAUUGAACAUGGCCAUUGGCAAAGGUGAACAAGCUCUUAGAAGCAGUAAUGAGGAAGGGCAGAAAGUGAUACAGACCCAGUUACAAAAACUGAAGGAUGUAUGGAAUGAUAUCAUCAGCAACUCAGUCAGCUUGCAGAGCUGUUUGGAGUCUGUGAUUAGCCAAUGGAGUGACCAUCUAGAAAGGAAAAAUCAACUGGACCAAUGGUUGGAGUCAGUGGAUCACAAAGUAGAACAGCCUUUAGAACUGCAGAUUGGUCUGAAAGAGAAGUUUUCCCAAUUGGAUCAUUUUCAGGCUAUUGUUUCUGAGAUAGAGGAUCACUUGGGUGACCUAACUCAACUUACUGAAAAAGCCACAGAACUGUAUGAGAAAACUGAGGAUGAUUUUUUUGGAGAAGCAGCUCAAGAGGAACUGAAAACACAAUUUAGUGACAUCACAACAGUGGCCAAGGAGAAAAUGAAGAAGGUAGAAGACAUCGUGAAGGACCAUUUGCUUUAUCUUGAUGCUGUGCAUGAAUUCACAGACUGGCUCCAUUCUGCAAAAGAAGAGUUGCACCGCUGGUCAGAUACAUCUGGAGACACAUCAGCCAUGAAGAAAAAACUGGCCAAAAUUAAUGAGCUGAUAGAUUCCAGACAGAUUGGUGCGAGCCGCCUAAACAGGGUUGAGACACUGGCUUCUGCCGUGAAACAGAACACAACUGCCAGUGGGUGUGAACUCAUAGACGCAGAGAUGCAGGCCCUGCAGUCUGACUGGAAGCAGUGGGAAGAAAGUGUAUUCCAAACCCAGAACGGCCUAGAGGAUCUCGUUAGCCAAAUGGCCCUGUCGGAGCAGGAGUUCACAGCCCAAGUUGCUCAGCUGGAAAAGGCCCUGCAACAGUUCAGUGCACUUCUCACAGCCUGGUCUCAAAACUUGACCCCUCUGGACAGCAAGCACAUGGAUCAAGAAAUAGUCGAAUGCUGGCACAAAGAAAAAGAAACACUUGAUGCUCUGACAAAGGCAGAACAUAUGACAGAUGAGAUCAAGACUCAAUUAAAUGACCUUUGCAGAUUUUCCAAAGAUUUGAGUGCCUACUCUGUAAAAGUUUCUGGGUUAAUUAAGGAAUAUAACAGCAUCUCUCUACAAGCUUCAAAGGGCUGUCAGAAUAAAGAGCAGUUCUUGCAGCAGAGAUUCCGAACAGCUUUCAGAGACUUCCAGCAGUGGCUGGUCAGUGCAAAAAUCACUACAGCCAAAUGUUUUGAUGUGCCUCAGAAUAUCCAUGAAGCAUCAACAAAUCUACAAAAAAUACAGGAAUCCUUAUCUGAAAGUGAAAAUGGCCAAUAUAAGCUAAAUAUGCUGGUAUCCAAAGGAGAGCUUUUGAGCACUAUUCUGCACAAAGAAAAGGCUAAAGUUAUCCAGGAAAAAGUUGUUACUGCUAAAGAAGACUGGAAAAAUUUUAUCACCACCCUACACCAGAAGGAAUCUGCUUUAGAGAACUUAAAGAUCCAGAUGAAGGAUUUUGAAGCAAGUGCUGAGCCUCUCCAGGACUGGCUGAGCACAACUGAGAAGACAGUGCAGGAUAGUAGUGGUCGACUCCAUGAUCUCCCUGCGAAGAGGCGAGAGCAACAAAAAUUGCAGUCUGUCCUUGAGGAAAUAAGCUGCCAUGAGCCUCAGCUCAACAGGCUAAAAGAAAAAGCUCAGCAGCUGUGUGAAGAGCAAGCUGCCAGCAAAAGCUUUAUGCGCAGAGUGUCUCAGCUGUCUUCUCAGUACCUUGCUCUAUGCAAUCUAACAAAGGAGAAGGUUUCCAGGAUGGAUAGGAUUGUUGCAGAGCACCAGCAGUUCUCUCAUGAUGUAAAAGAACUCCAGGACUGGAUGGCUGAUGCAAUUCACAUGCUGGAGUCUUAUUGUCACCCCACAGCAGACAAAAGUGUUCUUGACAGCAGAAUGUUAAAGCUGGAGGGCCUAUUAUCAGUCAGACAGGAGAAAGAAAUCCAGAUGAAAAUGGUGCUAACGAGAGGAGAAUCUGUUCUGCAGAACUCGUCUCCAGAAGGAGUGCCUCUCAUCGAACAGCAGCUACAGACACUUAAGGACACAUGGGAUUCCCUCUUGUCUGCUUGCAUUCACUGUAAAAGUCAGCUGGAAGGAGCUCUGUCUAAGUGGACAAGCUACCAGGAUGAUAUUCGUCAAUUUUCCUGCUGGAUGGAUAAAGUAGAAGCAAGCUUGAAUGCUUCUGAGAGACAGUGUGCAGAACUGAGGGAAAAGUCAGCUGCUCUUGGUAAAGCAAAGCUACUCAAUGAAGAAGUGUUGAGUCACAACAGCCUACUAGAGACUAUUGAAGCAAAAGGCUCAAGCAUGACUGAACAUUAUGUAACUCAACUUGAACUCCAAGACCUUCAGGAACGAUACAAGUUCCUCAAACACAAGACAAUGGAAGCAGUAACCAAAGCCAAGGGAUUGCUUCAUUUACAUCAUCAGUACCAAAAAGAUCUGAAGGCCUUCGAAGUUUGGCUAGAAAAGGAACAGGAAAAGCUUGAAUGUUUAUCUCAUCUUGAAGGUGAUGCUCAGACACAUGAAGCAACACUCCGGGAUCUACAGGAAUUACAAGUGCAUUGUGCGGAGGGGCAGGCAUUAUUAAAUGCAGCACUUCAUGCCAGAGAGGAGGUGAUACCAUGGGGAAUGCCCCAGGUAGAAGACCGGGUCCUAGAAUCUGUACGACAGGAUUGGCAAGUUUACCAGCACAGACUCUCUGAGGCCAGAACCCAACUGAACACCACUCUGAGCAGACUGCGGUUAAUGGAGAAUAAGUUUCAGAAGGUAGAUGACUGGCUGAAGAGCCUUGAGGAAAAAGUUAAUAUCAGGAUUGGUCGGCAAUCUGACAGAGCAACAAAGGAGAUGCAGCUACAGCAAAUGAAGAAAUGGCAUGAAGAAAUUGUUCUCUACAAGGAGGAUGUGGAGGAAGUUGGGAUAUUGGUUCAGCAAAUCCUGGAGGAAAGUCAUACCACUAGUAGAAUGGGGAGUCAGGCUACCCAGCUUACAUCUCGAUACCAAGCUCUUAUACUUCAUGUACUGGAACAAAUAAAGUUCCUGGAAGAAGAGAUUCGGAGUAUGGAGGAAUCUGAAUUGGGUUUCAGUACUUACACAGACUGGUAUGGAGCUACUAACAAGAACUUAAAAAAUGUGAUCACCAAGACCGAUGUAAUAGAUAAAACAGCUAUGGAGAAAAAAAUGCAGAAGCUAGAGCUUCUCUUAACUGACAUGGACAUGGGACACAGUUUGCUGAAAUCUGCUCGUGAAAAGGGAGAGCGGGCUCUUCAGUUCAUGGAGGAAAAUGAAGCUGCCCAGCUAAAAAAAGAAAUUGAUGAUUAUGUAGAAGAGCUUGAAGAGCUGGCCAGCUGUAUCAGAAAGGAGCAUACAGUCUUAGAGAAGUGUCUUCAGUUGACAAAGGAAUUCUCAGACAAGUACAAAGCACAGACUCAGUGGCUGACAGAGUACCAGUCUAUAUUGCACAUUCCAGUGGAACCCAAAAGUGAAUUAUAUGAGAAAAAAGCCCAGUUGUCCAAGUAUAAGUCGGUACAACAUACAGUUCUAUCUCAUGAGCCUUCCAUAAAAUCAGUGACUGAAAAAGGAGAAGCACUUCUUGAAUUAGUGAAUGAUGUUACAUUGAGGGACAACAUUCAGAAGCUUCAGACCAGUUAUCAGGAGCUCUGCAGCACAGCAAAGGCACAUGUGGAAAGUUUAGAAGGAAAAAUGAGAGAGCAUGAAGAUUACAACAGUGAGUUGCAAGAAGUGGAAAAGUGGCUGUUACAGAUGUCCAGUCGGCUGGUCACCCCUGAUCUUAUGGACAGCAUCAGCCUGGAAAUAAUAACUCAACAACUAGCCAGUCACAAGGCAAUGAUGGAAGAAAUUGCAGGCUUUGAAGAUCGUUUAAACAGCCUUAAGGAUAAAGGAGAUUAUUUGAUCAGUCAGUGCGCAGACCACUUUCAAGCAAAAUUUAAGCAAAAUAUACAGACUCACCUGCAAGGGACAAGAGACAGCUAUUCAGCCAUCUGCAGCACUGCUCAAAGAGUGUACCAGAGUUUGGAACAUGAACUGCAGAAGCAUGUGAAUCAUCAGGAUACUCUACAGCAAUGCCAAGCUUGGCUGUCUACAGUUCAGCCAGAGUUAAAACCAAGCACUUGGCCACCUUUCAGCCUGGCAGAUGCAGUUAAGCAGGUUAAACACUUCCGAGCUCUGCAGGAACAAGCAAGCACCUACCUGGAUCUUUUGUGCUCCAUGUGUGAUUUAUCAGACACCACAGUGAAGAAUGUGGCAACAGACAUUCAGCGAACAAAACAAACGAUUGAGCAACAGAUGAUGCAUUCCCAAUACCUGGCCCAAGGUUGGGAAGAGGUAAAACAAAUGAAGGCUGAGCUUUGGAUCUACUUCCAGGACGCAGACCAACAACUGCAGAAUAUGAAGAGGAGACGGGCAGAACUGGAGUUGAACAUUGCCCAGAACAUGGUUUUACAAGUUAAGGAGUUCAGCCAGAAGCUGCAGUCUAAACAGUCAGAUCUUACCUCUGUGACUGAGAAGGUGAACAAACUAACACAAGGACAGGAGUCACCUGAGCACAAGGAAAUAGGACAUUUAAGCAAUCAGUGGUUGGACCUCUGCCUUCACACAACCAGCUUGCUCACAGAGAGGGAGAAGGAUCUUCAGAGGACAAGAGAUUACCAUGAUCGCAUGAAUGUAGUAGAAGUCUUCUUGGAUAAGUUUACAAAGGAAUGGGACAACCUGGCCAGAUCAGAUGCUGAGAGUACAAAUGUGCACCUUGAGGCCCUGGAACAGUUGGCUUUGGCUCUGCAGGAGAGGAGAUUUGCCCUUGAAGACUUGAAAGACCAAAAGCAAAAGAUGAUGGAACAUCUGAAUCUAGAUGACAGAGAAUUAGUGAAAGAGCAGUCUGGAUAUUUUGAACAACGCUGGACUCAGCUGGAGGACCUGGUCAAAAGGAAAAUCCAGGUUUCUGUCACAACCUUAGAGGAGCUAAGUUUGAUACAGUCCAGAUUUCAGGAACUGAUGGAGUGGGCAGAAGAGCAACAACCAAGCAUCUCUGAGGCUCUUAAACAGAGCCCCCCACCUGACCUGGCUCAGAGCUUACUCGUGGAUCAUCUCACCAUUUGUAGUAAACUAGAAGCCAAACAGCUUGUUCUGAAAACACUCAUAACAGAGGCUGACCGGGUGAUGAUUAAUCUAGGCCUCAAUGAAAGACAGCUGCUCCAGAAGGCACUUGCAGAUACACAGAAUCAUGUUGAGUGUCUCAGUGAUCUACUUGGUCAGAGGAAAAAGCACCUGAAUAAAGUGCUAUCUGAAAAGAGCCAGUUUCUCAUGGCAGUUUUUCAGGCUACAAAUCAGAUUCAGCAACAUGAGAAAAAGAUAAUGUUCCAUGACCAUAUUUGUCUGUUGCCAGAAGAUGUGAGCAAACAGAUUAGGACUUGUAAGAAUGCCCAAGCUAGCCUGAAGACCUGUCAGAAUGAAAUCACUGGGCUGUGGGCUCAAGGACGGGAUUUAAUGAAAGAAGCAGAAGAACAGGAAAAAAGUGAAGUGCUAGGUAAAUUGCAGGAACUACAAAAUGUGUAUGACACUGUUUUACACAAGUGUAGCCAGAGACUGGUAGAACUGGAGAAAAAUAUGGUUUCCAGGAAGUAUUUCAAAGAAGAUUUGGAUAAAGCUAAUCAUUGGCUAAAACAAACUGAUAUUGUCACAUUUCCAGAAAUCAAUUUAAUGAAUAAUAAUUCUGAACUAUAUGCCCAGUUGAUUAAGUAUCAACAGAUUCUUGAGCAGUCUCCUGAAUAUGAAACUCUUUUACUUAUGCUGCAGAGAGAUGGUCAGGAAAUCCUACCAUCCCUUAAUGAAGUGGAUCAUUCUUAUCUAGAUGAAAAGCUGAAUGCCCUGCCUCAGCAAUUUAAUAUCAUCAUUGCUCUGGCCAAAGAUAAGUUCUACAGAGUUCAGGAGGCAAUUUCUUCCCGCAAAGAAUAUGCUUCUUUGAUUGAAUUGACAACCAAGACUUUAACUGAACUGGAAGAUCAGUAUUUAAGCAUGAACAAAGCUCCAACUGUUCUCUCAGCCAAAGAAGUUGCAUCACUCCAACAGGAUUACAGAGCUCUCUUAGGUGAGGUGGGAAACCUUGGUGCAGCAGUUGAUGAACUGAACCAGAAAAAGGAGGCUUUCCGAAGCACUGGACAACCAUGGCAACCCGAUGAAAUGUUGAAACUCAUCACGCUAUAUCACAAGGUGAAAAGGCAAAUAGAACAGAAAGUUAGCCUUUUGGAAGAUGCUAUAGAGGCCUAUCAGGAAUAUGAGGAAAUGUGCACACAGUUGAAGAGACAGCUAGAGGCAGUGAAGAAAGAGCAGAUGAAAGUGAAUGAGGAAACACUCCCAAUAGAAGAAAAGCUGAAAAUUUACCAUUCUCUGGCUGGUAGCUUGCAAGACACAGGGAUUCUUUUGAAGCGAAUCACUGAACAUCUAGAUGUGCUUUCUCCUCGGCUUGACCCAUCUGCCUAUGGGACAGCCAAUCAUGAAGUACAGUCUUGGCAGGAAAAGCUAAAGUCAUUGCAUGCUACCAUUGGUGACACAGUGAUGGAAUGUGAAAACAGGCUGGUACAAAGCAUAGACUUUCAAACAGAGAUCUGCCGCUCACUUGAGUGGCUGAGAUGGGUUAAGGAAGAGCUUAACGGAACAUUAAGUUUGGACCUGAAACUACAAAACAUCCAGGAAGAGAUUCGAAAGGUUCAGAUCCAUCAAGAAGAAGUGCAGUCAAGUCUGAGAAUAAUGAAUGCCCUGAGCAGUAAAGAAAAGGAGAAGUACAUGAAAGCAAAAGAACUGAUACCUGCAGACUUGGAAAACACCCUUGCUGAGCUGUCAGAACUGGAUAAUGAAGUUCAAGAAGCCAUACAAAAGAGGCAGGCUACAUUGACUAAAUUGUAUAGCCUGUGUCAAAGGUACUACCAAGUUAUGCAAACAGCCAAUGAUUGGCUUGAGGAUGCUCAGGAAUCGCUACAUUUGACAAAGAAUGGUCUGGAUGUGGAAAGUUGCGAGGAGAAUCUAAGAAACCACAUAGAAUUUUUCAGCACAGAAAGUCAAUUCCAGAGUCACCUGGAAGAGCUACAUUGCCUGGUGUCUGAGAUGGAACUAUUUAUCCAAGUUACAGCAAGAGAACAACUGGUACAGAAUAUAGCUGCUCUGGGGGAAAAAGGCAAGGGAACAAAACAGGAAUCUGAAACCCAGCAAGAUCUACUGCAGAGGUGUGCUUCUCUGUGGCAGGAGUACCAGAUGGCAAGGCAGAAGGUUAUUGAAUUGAUGAAUGAGGCUGAGAAGAAAUUAUCAGAAUUCUCUUUAGCUAAGUCUGCUUCUGGUCAUGAAGCAGAAAAGAAAUUGCUGGCCCAUAAGUCACUGGUGUCUGUAGUAAAUUCGUUCCAUGAGAUGAUCACAGCACUGGAGGAAAAGGCCUCUCAGCUAGAAAAAAUCAGUAAUGAUGCUAGCAAAGCAACCAUAAGCAGGUCAAUGACAACUGUCUGGCAACGGUGGACACGGCUCCGGAGUGUGGCCCAGGACCAGGAGAAGAUAUUGGAAGAUGCAGUGCAGGAGUGGAAAGGCUUUAUUGAUAAGAUUCAAAAUGCUACUCUAGCAAUAGAUCAACUACAAGAUCACUUACCAGAAAGCUCAGUUGAAAAAGCAUCAAAGACAGAGCUUCUGGAUCUUCUGGAUUACCACAGCAGUUUCACUCAGGAGGUGGAACAGAAGCUGUCUUCUUUGGGACUCCUCAAACAGCAUGCACUAAACAUGUUCCAGGAUGUGGAAAUGGAGCCAAGUUCUCAGGAGGAGCUACCAGUCAUGCAAGAAAUCAAAGCAAUGCAGGACCGAUGCCACAACAUGCAACAGAAAGUGAAGAAAAAUGGGAAGUUGGUGAGACAGGAACUCAAGGAGCGUGAGGAGGUGGAGAUAGAGAUUAAUAUUGUGAAGUCUUGGAUUCAGGAAACAAAGGAAUAUUUGCUAAACCCCACAAUGGAAGUAGAUGCUCAACUUCAGGAGCUGCAGGCUCUCCAUAAUGAAGUCACUUCUCACCGCCAGGCUGUGGAAAAAAUAGCUGAACAACAGCAGAACAAGUACCUGGGACUUUACACUAUUUUACCUUCUGAACUCUCUCUGCAGUUGGCAGAAGUGGGAUUGGCCCUUGUAACUAUACAGGAUCAGAUUCAAGCCAAAGAGAAAGAAGCCCAGCAGAGCAAAACAUUAAACCAAGAGUUUGGUCAAAAAAUCCAUGAGAUAGCAAACGACUUAAAUGCAAUUCUCUCCAAACUGAAAGAAAAGACAAAUAAUAUAGCACAAGCUAAAAGUGAGCAAAAGAUCCUUGGUGAAGAAUUGGACAGCUGUAAUAUAAAGCUGGUGGAACUGGAUGCCGCAGUACAAGACUUCACAGAGCAGAACACUCAGUUAGCUAAACAACUAGCUAAUAGGAUAGGGAAACUAUCUGGGUUGCACCAACAGACCGUUAGGCAGGCGGAGUACCGAGCAUCCAAACUGAACCAGGCUGCUUCACACCUAGAGGAAUAUAAUGAGAUGCUGGAGUUCAUACUGAAAUGGAUCGAGAAAGCCAAGAUAUUAGUCCAUGGUAGCGUCACAUGGAAUUCUGCCUCUCAGCUUCGUGACCAGUUUAAGGCAUAUCAGGCCAUGCUUGAAGAAUCUGGAGAGAUCCACGAUGAUCUUGAGGCCAUGAGUGAAAAGAUUGAAUACCUUGCAAGUGUAUACUGUACUGAAGGAAUGUCUCAGCAAGUGUUGGAGCUGGGACGGCAGACAGAAGAGUUACAGCAGGUUAUCAAAGCACGCCUGCCAAAUCUCCAGGAUGCAGCCAAGGAUAUGAAGAGACUUGAAGCUGAAGUGAAAGCUCUACAGGCUGCACUGGAACAAGCCCAAGCAACCCUAACUUCUCCAGAGAUUGGGCGUUUGAGUUUGAAAGAGCAGCUUUCACACAGACAGCAUUUACUGUCUGAAAUGGAGACACUGAAGCCAAAAGUGCAUGCAGUACAGGUCUGUCAGAGUGCCUUAAGGAUGCCUGAAGAAGUGGUAACCAGUCUGCCAAUAUGUCACACUGCCCUUAGGCUUCAGGAGGAAGCAAGCCGUUUGCAGCACACAGCCAUCCAGCAGUGCAAUAUAAUGCAGGAAGCAGUGGUACAGUAUGAGCAAUACGAACAAGAAAUGAAACAUUUGCAGCAAAUGAUAGAGAGUGCUCAUCGUGAGAUUGAAGACAAACCUGUUGCAACUAGUAACAUCCAGGAACUUCAAGCCCAGAUUUCAUGCCAUGAGGACCUGGCACACAAGAUCAAAGGAUAUCAGGAGCAGAUAGCAUCGCUGAAUUCCAAGUGCAAGAUGCUGACAAUGAAAGCCAAGCAUGCCACUAUGCUGUUGACCGUAACAGAAGUGGAAGGGCUUUCAGAAGGAAUGGAGGAGCUGGACUCAGAACUCCUCCCAGCCCAUUCAGCUCACCCCUCUGUGGUUAUGAUGACUGCUGGUCGCUGUCACACACUACUCUCACCUGUCACUGAGGAGUCUGGGGAGGAGGGAACCAACAGUGAGAUUUCUUCUCCACCUGCCUGUCGUUCUCCUUCACCUGUGGCUAAUACAGAUGCUUCUGUUAACCAGGACAUUGCUUAUUACCAGGCCUUAUCUGCUGAACAGUUGCAGACAGAAGCUGCCAAGAUUCAGCCCAGCACAUCAUCCUCCCAGGAGUUCUAUGAGCCAGGCUUAGAGUCAGCUGCCAGUGCCAAACUAGAUGAUUUGCAGCGCUCUUGGGAAACACUGAAGAAUGUGAUCAGUGAAAAGCAACGCACUCUCUAUGAAGCUCUUGAACGCCAGCAGAGAUACCAAGACUCUCUGCAAUCCAUAUCUACAAAAAUGGAGACCAUUGAGGUGAAACUGAAUGAGAGUCUGGAACCUGGCAAAAGCCCAGAGAGCCAGAUGGCUGAACAUCAGGCUUUGAUGGAUGAGAUCCUGAUGCUACAAGAUGAAAUCAGUGAGCUUCAAACAUCGUUAGCAGAAGAGCUGGUAUCAGAAUCACUGGACACAGAAGCUUCUGAUCAGCUGGCACUACAGUCCACACUGACCGUCCUUGCAGAAAGAAUGGCCACCAUUAGAAUGAAAGCUUCAGGAAAACGACAACUGCUAGAGGAAAAACUCAAUGAACAGCUGGAGGAGCAGCGACAAGAACAAGCCCUUCAGAGAUAUCGCUGUGAAGCUGAUGAGCUUGAUCACUGGCUACUCAAUACCAGAGCCACUUUGGACACUGCUUUGGUUAUUUCUGAGGAACCCAUGGACAUGGAGGCUCAGCUGGUUGAUUGCCAGAAUAUGCUUGUUGAGAUAGAGCAGAAGGUGGUGGCCUUGUCGGAGCUCUCUGUGCACAAUGAAAACCUGCUCAUGGAAGGAAAGGCUCAUACCAAAGAUGAGGCAGAGCAGCUGGCAGUGAAGUUGAGAACUUUGAAGGGAAGCCUUCUGGAGCUGCAGAGAGUGCUGCAUGACAAACAAAUCAACAUUCAGCAGGGAGCUAUACAAGAAAAAGAGGAGUGUGAAGUGGACUUGGUAUCCUUGCAGAGUCCCAGUGUCCAAGAAUGGCUGGCACAAGCACGAACAACCCGUUCACAACAGCAACAGAGCAGCCUGCAGCAGCAAAAAGAGCUAGAACAAGAGCUAGAAGAACAGAAGAGCCUGCUUCGGUCAGUAGCAAGCCGUGGAGAAGAAAUCCUAACCCAGCAUGCUGUUCCAGAUGGCCUUUGCCCUAGUGAGAAAUCUGAUGUAUUAUCUCAGGAGUUAGGCUUGGAAGGUGAGAAACCUUCAGCUGAAGACCAGAUGAAAAAGAAAUGGGAAAGUCUGCAUCAGAAAUUCAGCACCAAACAGAAACUGCUGCAGAGUGCUUUGGAACAGGAGCAAGAACAACCGCUGUAUAACAGACCAAACAGACUUAUGUCUGGACUACCUUUGUAUAAAGGAGAAGGACAGGAGCAAAAUAAAUCACCAGUUGCAACAAUACUAAUUGAUUUGAAUGAGGCCUUUGAAGAUGUUUCAUUUCAGGCUGGAGAGGCAGAGAAGAGCCUGAACUUGGAACAAAAGUUGUAUGAUGGUGUCUCAGCCACUUCUGCUUGGCUAGAUGGUGUGGAAGAACGCCUCUUUGCUGCUACAGCCCUGCUACCAGAAGAGACAGAAACCUACCUCUAUAACCAGGAAUCUCUUGCCAAAGAUAUCAGAGAGAUGUCAGAAGAAAUGGAUAAGAACAAGAAUUUAUUUUCUCAAACAUUUCCUGAGAAUCAUGAUAACAGAGAUGUUAUAGAAGACACAUUGGACUGUUUGCUUGGGCGACUGACUUUGCUAGACUCUGUAGUAAACCAGAGGUGCCUUCAGAUGAAAGAAAGACUCCAGCAAAUACUGACCUUUCAGAAUGAUCUGAAGCUCCUGUUUACAUCGUUGGCUGAUAACAAGUAUAUAGUCCUGCAGAAACUAGCGGAGGCAGUUGAGAGACCUGAGACGGAACAAAUGCAGGCCAUCCUACAAGCAGAAGAUAGUCUAAAGGAGUUAGAUGCUGGAAUCGGUGAACUAAAGAAGCGUGGGGAAAAACUGCAGAUUGACCAGCCUUCCAUGCUAGAGCUAUCUAAGCUCCAGGACACUUACGAUGAGCUAAUGGUAAUCAUUGGAUCCAGACGCAGUGGACUGAAUCAGAAUCUAGCCCUCAAGGGCCAAUACAAACAAGCUUUGCAGGACCUGACUGACCUGAUAGAAACUGGCCAGGAAAAGAUGGCAGGUGACCAGAAAAUGAUAGUUGCUUCCAAGGAGGAAGUUCAAAUGCUACUUCACAAGCACAAGGAGUAUUUCCAGGGACUAGAAUCUCACAUGAUCCUCACAGAAACCCUCUUUAGAAAGAUAAGCAGUUUUGCCCUUCAGAGGGAAACUCAGUCACACACCGAACUGAUGGUACAAGCCUCAUCUGUGCUAAAGCAGGCUCAUAAGCGUGGUGUGGAGCUGGAAUACAUACUGGAGACCUGGACACACCUGGAUGAGGACUAUCAGGACCUUGCUAAACAGCUAGAAGCUGUUGAAAGUAACAUCCCUACUGUUGGUUUGGUGGAAGAGACAGAGGAAAGGCUCAUAGACCGGAUCACACUUUAUCAGCAUCUGAAGUCUAGCCUGACUGAAUAUCAGCCCAAACUUUAUCAGGUGUUAGAUGAUGGGAAAAGACUCCUUUUUUCAAUCAGCUGUUCAGAUCUAGAAGGUCAGCUGAACCAAUUAGGAGAGCACUGGUUAAAUAACACCAGCAAAGUGACCAAGGAACUGCACAGAUUGGAGACUAUAUUGAAACACUGGACAAGGUACCAGAGUGAAUCUGUUGAGCUGAUUCACUGGUUGCAGUCAGCAAUGGAUCGGCUGGCAUUCUGGACCCAACAGUCAGUGACAGUUCCUCAAGAACUGGAAAUGGUCCGAGACCACCUGAAUGCUUUUCUGGAUUUUUCGAAAGAGGUUGAUGCCAAAUCAUCCCAGAAAUCUUCUGUGUUAAGCACUGGGAACCAGCUCCUUCGGCUGAAGAAAGUGGAUACAGCAGCUCUACGUGCAGGGCUUUCUCAGAUUGAUAGUCAGUGGACAGAACUGCUCACACAGAUUCCAGUAGUACAAGAAAAGUUGCAUCAGCUCCAGAUGGACAAACUUCCUUCUCGUCAUGCUAUCAUUGAAGUCAUGAGUUGGAUUUCUGUGAUGGAAAACAUCAUUCAGCAGGAUGAGGAUAAUAUAAAAAAUGUUGUAGGACAGAGAACCAUUAAGGAUUAUCUACAAAAAUAUAAGGGUUUUAAGAUUGAUUUAAAUUGCAAGCAGUUGACAGUAGACUUUGUGAACCAGUCAGUGCUGCAGAUUAGCAGCCAGGACGUGGAGAGUAAACGCAGUGACAAGACAGAUUUUGCAGAACAGCUUGGAGCUAUGAACAGACGCUGGCAGAUCCUGCAAGGCUUGAUAACAGAAAAGAUCCAGCUGUUGGAAGGUCUGUUGGAAUCCUGGAUGGAAUAUGAAAAUAAUGUUCAGGGGCUGAAAACUUGGUUUGAAACCCAAGAGAGGAAGCUAAAGAAGCAACAGAAAAUUGGAGACCAAGCUUCAGUACAGAAUACCUUGAAAGACUGCCAGGAGUUAGAAGAGUUGAUUAAAGGAAAGGAAAAAGAGGUAGAAAAAGUUGAACAGAGUGGGCUGGCCUUAAUCCAGAAGAAGAAAGAAGAAGUCUGUGCUACUGUCAUGAGUACUUUGCAAGAACUUAACCAUUCCUGGGCCAAUUUGGAUCAUAUGGUUAGCCAACUGAAGAUAUUGUUGCAGUCUGUUCUUGAUCAGUGGAGCAUAUACAAAGUGGCCUAUGAAGAACUGAAUAGCUACCUGAUGGAAGUCAGAUACUCUUUGUCCCGCUUUCAUCUCCUCACAGGUUCUAUGGAAGCAGUGAAAGUCCAGGUUGACAACCUUCAGAGCUUGCAGGAUGAGUUGGAAAAGCAAGAGAACAGCUUACAGAAAUUUGGCUCAGUGACCAACCAGUUAUUAAAAGAAUGUCAUCCACCAGUAACAGAAGUACUUACUGAUACUCUGAAAGAUGUCAACAUGAGGUGGAACAACCUUCUGGAAGAACUUGCAGAGCAACUGCACUCCAGUAAGGCUCUGCUUCAACUAUGGCAGAAAUACAAAGACCAUUACAGCGAGUGCUCUUCAAAAGUCCAUCAGUAUGAGAACCAGACCAAUGACCUGCUGAAGAAAGCCACUAACAAGGAUAUAGCUGAUGAUGAAGUCACUGUUUGGAUUCAGGAUUGCAAUGACCUGCUCAAAGGCCUGAGGACAGCUCAAGAUUCUCUCUCAGUUCUCCAUGACUUGGGAGACCAGCUUAAAAAACAAGUGGAGAUUUCUGCAGCAGCAGCCAUCCAGUCUGAUCACCUUUCUCUGAGUCAAAACUUGUCAGCCUUAGAACAGGCUCUUGGCAAGCAACAGGCUAUACUUCAGACUGGCAUUCUGGACUACGAGACAUUUGCCAAGAGUCUGGAAGCUCUGGAGGCCUGGAUAACAGAAGCUGAAGAAGUGUUGAAAGGACAGGACCCUACUCAUUCAUCAGACCUCUCCACAAUUCAGAACAGGAUGGACGAUCUCAAAAGCCAGAUGUUAAAGUUCAGCAGCAUGGCACCAGAUUUAGACCGUCUGAAUGAGCUGGGUUACAGACUACCUCUGAAUGAUAGAGAAAUCAAAAGGAUGCAGAAUUUGAACAGGCGCUGGUCUGUUAUCUCCUCACAAACCACAGAGCGAUUCAGUAAGCUACAGUCUUUCUUGCUGCAUCACCAGACCUUCUUAGAGAAAUGUGAGACUUGGAUGGAUUUCCUGAUUCAGACUGAGCAGAAGCUGGCUGCAGAGAUUUCAGGAAACUACCAGAGUCUUUUGGAGCAGCAGAGGGCACAUGAGCUGUUCCAGGCAGAGAUGUUCAGUCGCCAGCAGAUUUUACAUUCAAUCAUUGCUGAUGGACAACGCCUCAUAGAACAAGGACAAGUAGAUGACAGGGAUGAAUUUAAUGUGAAAUUGACUCUGCUCAGUAACCAGUGGCAGGGAGUGAUUCGCAGGGCACAACAGAGAAGGGGCAUCAUUGACAGUCAGAUCCGUCAAUGGCAACGUUAUAGGGAGAUGUCAGAGAAACUGCGAAAAUGGCUUGUGGAAGUGUCCUAUCAGCCCAUGAGUGGGCUGGGCAGUGUUCCUAUCCCACUGCAGCAAGCCAGAAUGUUGCUGGAUGAAGUACAGCUUAAAGAAAAAGUCCUUCUGCGACAACAAGGAAGCUACAUUCUAACUGUGGAAGCUGGAAAGCAGCUGCUGCUCUGUGCUGACAGUGGAGCGGAAGUUACUCUGCAGACAGAACUCUCAGAAAUUCAGGAGCGCUGGACAUUAGCCAGCGCCCGUCUUGAGGAACAGAAGAAACAGCUCAUCUUCCUCCUGAAAGACUGGGAAAAAUGUGAAAAGGGCAUAGCAGACUCCCUGGAGAAACUAAGAUCCUUCAAGAAAAAGCUUUCACAGCCAUUGCCAGAGCACCAUGAUGAGCUGCAUACAGAGCAGAUUCGCUGCAGGGAGCUGGAAAAUGCUGUGGAAGGGUGGACAGAUGACCUUGCACAUCUCACUCUGCUGAAAGAGACCCUGUCUGUCUAUAUCAGUGCUGAUGAUAUCUCAAUCCUGAAUGAACGCAUUGAGCUACUGCAUAGACAGUGGGAGGAGCUGUGCCACCAGGUCUCCUUAAGGCGGCAACAGGUGAAUGAGAGACUGAAUGAGUGGGCAGUCUUCAGCGAGAAGAACAAGGAGCUCUGUGAGUGGCUGACACAAAUGGAAAGUAAAGUUUCUCAGAACGGAGAUAUCCUCAUUGAAGAGAUGAUCGAGAAGCUCAAGAAGGAUUAUCAAGAGGAAAUAGCUGUUGCCCAGGAGAAUAAAAUCCAGCUCCAACAAAUGGGAGAGCGUCUUGCUAAAGCCAGUCAUGAGACGAAAGCGUCGGAGAUUGAGUACAAACUUGGCAAGAUCAAUGAUAGAUGGCAACAUCUUCUAGACUUGAUUGCAGCCAGGGUGAAGAAGCUGAAGGAGACCCUGGUUGCUGUGCAGCAGUUGGAUAAGAACAUGAGCAGCCUGAGAUCCUGGCUUGCCCACAUUGAGUCAGAGCUGUCCAAACCCAUCGUCUACGAAACCUGUGACUCUGAGGAGAUACAAAGGAAACUAAAUGAGCAGCAGGAACUUCAAAGGGACAUAGAAAAACACAGCACUGGAGUUGCAUCCGUUCUCAACCUGUGUGAGGUGCUCCUCCAUGACUGUGAUGCUUGUGCCACAGAAACAGAGUGCGACUCCAUCCAGCAGGCCACACGGAACCUGGACAGAAGGUGGAGAAACAUCUGUGCAAUGUCAAUGGAAAGGCGACUUAAAAUUGAAGAGACAUGGCGGUUGUGGCAAAAGUUCUUAGAUGACUAUUCUCGAUUUGAAGACUGGCUAAAAAUUUCUGAGAGGACAGCUGCCUUCCCCAGCUCCUCUGGUGUGUUGUAUACAGUUGCUAAGGAAGAGCUAAAGAAAUUUGAGGCCUUCCAGAGACAGGUACAUGAAAGUCUGACUCAGUUGGAGCUGAUUAACAAACAGUACCGCCGUCUGGCCCGAGAGAAUCGCACUGACUCCGCUUGCAGCCUCAAGCAGAUGGUCUAUGAAGGGAACCAGCGAUGGGACAACUUACAAAAGCGAGUCGCCUCCAUCUUGCGUAGACUAAAGCAUUUUAUUGGUCAGCGUGAGGAGUUUGAGACAGCCCGUGACAAUAUUCUAGUCUGGCUAACGGAGAUGGACCUGCAGCUUACCAAUAUUGAACACUUCUCAGAGUGUGAUGUCCAAGCAAAGAUAAAGCAGCUCAAGGCUUUCCAGCAGGAGAUCUCACUGAACAACCAUAAAAUCGAGCAGAUAAUUGGCCAGGGUGAGCAGCUGAUAGAGAAAUGUGAGCCCAUGGACGCAGCUGUCAUUGAAGAGGAACUAGAUGAGCUGCGGCGUUAUUGUCAAGAAGUCUUUGGUCGGGUGGAACGCUACCACAAGAAACUGAUCCGCCUGCCUCUAACAGACGAUGAACAUGACCUCUCUGACAGAGAAGUGGAUUUGGAUGAAUCAGCAGAUCUCUCUGACAUACACUGGCAUGACAAAUCUGCAGACAGUGUUCUUUCCCCUCACCCCUCUUCCAACCUUUCACUGUCGCUUGCCCAGCCUGUGAGAAGUGAGAGGUCAGGGCGGGAUACUCCUGCUAGUGUAGACUCCAUCCCCUUGGAAUGGGAUCAUGAUUACGACCUCAGUAGGGACUUGGAGACAGCUGUUUCAAGGGCACUACACUCUGAGGAAGAAGAAGGACAAGAAGACAAAGAUUUCUAUCUUGGAGGAGCAGCUAGUAUAACAGAUGUAGAGAUCCCUGAAAGCCCUGAGGCGUAUGUAAAACUUACUGAAAAUGCACUCAGAAAUAUUUCUGGAGAGCCAGGUGCCUUGGAAACACAUCUCCGUCAGCUGGACAAGGCCUUAGAUACCAGCCGUUUCCAAAUACAGCAAACAGAAAACAUCAUCCGCAGCAAAACACCCACAGGGCCAGAGCUAGAUUUAAGUUAUAAAGGCUACACGAAGCUUCUAGGUGAGUGCAGUGGGAGCAUUGACUCAGUAAAAAGGCUUGGUUACAAGCUGAAAGAAGAAGAGGAGAAGCUCUCUGGAUUUAUUGAUCUGAACAGCACAGAAACGCAAACAGCUGGUGUGAUUGAUCGAUGGGAAUUGAUCCAGGCUCAAGCUCUAAGCAAAGAACUAAGAAUGAAGCAAAAUUUGCAGCAAUGGCAGCAGUUUAACUCUGACCUGAACAACAUUUGGGCUUGGUUGGGAGAGACAGAAGAGGACCUAGAGAAGCUCCGUUGUCUGAAUCUCAGCACAGACCUACAAACCAUUGAGCUCCGAAUUAAAAAAUUAAAAGAACUGCAGAAAGCAGUUGACAACCGCAAAGCUAUCAUCCUUUCCAUCAACCUGUGCAGCUCAGAAUUCAUUCAGGCUGACACCGAAGAGAGCAAGAAGCUGCAGGCGCGCUUGUCCCAGAUGAACAUGCGUUGGGACCGUGUAUGCAGUAUGAUAGAAGAAUGGCGCUGUUCGCUGCAGGAUGCCCUAAUGCAGUGCCAGGAUUUCCAUGAAAUGAGCCAUGGUUUGUUGCUUUGGUUGGAGAACAUUGACAGAAGAAAGAAUGAGAUCUUGCCAAUUAAUCCAAACCAGGAUUCAGACAUACUGCAAGAUCAUCACAGACUACUAAUGCAAAUUAGACGUGAGCUGCUAGAGUCUCAGUUGAAAGUUGCAUCACUGCAAGACAUGUCCUGUCAACUACUGGUCCAUGCUGAAGGCAAGGACUGCCUGGAAGCCAAAGAAAAGGUGCAUGUCAUUGGAAACAGGCUCAAGCUUCUCCUGAAGGAGGUCACUCGUCACAUCAAGGACCUAGAGAAAAUCCUAGAUGUUUCAAGCAGUCAACUGGAUUUGUCCUCAUGGUCCUCUGCUGAUGAACUGGACACAUCAGGAUCUGUUAGUCCUGUGUCUGGAAGAAGCACCCCCAGCAGACAGAGAAUGCCACGGGGCAAAUGUAGUCUCUCACAGCCUGGACCCUCUGUCAGCAGUCCACAUAGCAGGUCCACAAGAGGUGGCUCAGAUUCCUCCCAUUCUGAGGCACUAUCAACUCAUCAGCAUCAGUCCUUCUUUCUCAGAGUCCUCAGAGCUGCUCUGCCACUUCAGCUUCUUUUGCUGCUCUUGAUUGGUCUAGCCUGCCUUGUACCAAUGACUGAGGAGGACUACAGCUGUACUCUCUCCAAUAAUUUUGCCCGGUCCUUCCAUCCCAUGCUAAGAUAUACUAAUGGCCCUCCUCCCUUAUGAAGCAAUGGAAAAGCUGGUACAGUUGGUGAAAUACACACAUCAGGAAGUGGGCCCAUUUCAGGUGUUAAUACACUCAAUGUGGCAGCUUUACCUACUGUAGCCAAUGUACCCAUAUCUUUCUACUGGUACUAAGUUUUUUGUAUCCUGUAUCAGUACCAGAAUGUGUAAUGCAUUACAUGAGUAGCAUCAUUUCAAGAUUUGUACCCCUGGCAUGAAGGAAACUAUGACAUAAGCAAGGGAAUUUUCUCUCUCCAACAUUCUGGAACUUUUAGCCACAUUUAUCUCUGGGUCAAUGUCCUGUACUAUGCAUAGCCAAGGAGUUUAUACUGUAGGAGAACGUUUCCUGUGUGCUUCUCUAAAUGAGCUAUUAGCCAAUCUUUGUUCAAUACACAAUAUCUGGACCUUACAGUAUACAGACCAACCAGUGCUAGGGACAUUUUAGAGAUUUUGUAACAUAAAAUUUUAAAGAGCUCAUAUAGCAAUGUACUAUUUCCCCUUGUUUAUUGUUUCAGGCAUGCUGUUCUAAGCUUUGCUUUGGAUGCACAAGCUGUAAAUCUGAAAAGCACUUUUUUAAGGUUUAAAAAAUUGGAUGUAAUAAAUAAGAUCAUGGAAGGUUUUAUGAGAAAAAAAUAAUGAAUGUCAAAUUAAAAAAGGAACAUAUUUAUGUAUGUACAGUUUGCUAAGCCAAGUUUUGUUUGUAUUGAUUUCUUUGCAUUUAUUAUAGAUUCCAUAAAAUAUUUUGUCUAUGUGCUUUUUAAUGACAAUUACAGAAACCUCUAUGUUUAGACUGAGAAAUGUAUGGUAAAAAUAAUUACAAAACCAUAUAUAUGCUGCAAUUCUAAAUGAAAAAGUUAAAUAAAAUAAUCUGUUAUAAUUAA